GGCGAGUCGUGGCGUCGGCGGCGGAGGCCGCGAUGUCGCCCGUCAGACGGCCGGCCUCCGCACCAGGAUCCAGGCCAUUAGGCCGGUUUUGAAGCUUUAAGGGUGAGCACGCAUUUUUGGUGUACUGUUGAGUGCGUCGCCACAUACUCCUUAAUCGCAUAUAGUCCUUGUAGGGACUAUAACUGCCAUCUCAGGCCGCGGUUCGCUCGUAGCGCACACAUCUGACAAGAUUUGAGCAGCAGCCACGGCGAGGCCGUCCACGCAACAAUGGGGUUCGGCUGGCAAGGGUCCGUGUCCAUCGCCUUUACGGCGCUGGCAUUCGUCGUGAUGGCCGCAGAUUGGGUUGGUCCUGACGUCACAUUUACGGUCCUCCUGGCCUUCUUGACUGCCUUCGAUGGGCAAAUCGUCACGGUUGCCAAAGCCGCGGCGGGCUACGGCAACACGGGCCUCCUUACCGUCAUCUUUCUGUACUGGGUGGCUGAGGGCAUCACGCAGACCGGAGGCCUGGAGCUCAUUAUGAACUUUGUGCUGGGUCGCUCGCGGUCCGUACACUGGGCGCUUGCUCGGUCGAUGUUCCCCGUCAUGUGCCUGUCCGCGUUCCUGAACAACACCCCGUGCGUCACCUUCAUGAUUCCAAUUCUCAUCUCAUGGGGCCGCCGCUGCGGUGUGCCAAUCAAGAAGCUGCUCAUCCCGCUGUCGUACGCGUCCGUGCUGGGCGGCACCUGCACGUCCAUCGGUACCUCCACCAACCUGGUCAUCGUCGGUCUGCAGGACGCGCGUUAUACCAAAGCCAAGCAGCUCGACCAGGCUAAGUUCCAGAUUUUCGAUAUUGCGCCGUACGGAGUUCCUUACGCGCUGUGGGGCUUCGUCUUCAUCCUACUGACCCAGGCCUUCCUGCUGCCGGGCAACAGCUCGCGCUACGCCAAAGACCUGCUCAUUGCUGUGCGCGUGCUGCCCAGCUCAUCGGUGGCGAAGAAGAAGCUCAAGGACUCGGGCCUGCUGCAGCAAUCCGGUUUCAGUGUCAGCGGCAUCUAUCGCGAUGGCAAGUACUUGAGCAAGCCCGACCCGAACUGGGUGCUCGAGCCGAACGAUAUUCUGUACGCGGCCGGAGAGUUCGACGUGGUGGAGUUCGUGGGCGAGGAGUUUGGGCUAGGGCUUGUUAACGCUGACGCGGAGACGUCUGCCGAGCGCCCCUUUACCACCGGCGAGGAGUCCGUCUUCACUCCCACUGGCGGCGCCCCCUACCAGAAACUGGUCCAGGCAACCAUUGCCCCGACGUCUGACCUGAUUGGCCGCACUGUGCGCGAGGUAUCGUGGCAGGGCCGCUUCGGUCUCAUCCCCGUGGCCAUCCAGCGCGGUAACGGCCGUGAGGACGGGCGCCUGAACGACGUGGUGCUGGCCGCCGGCGACGUGCUCAUCCUGGACACCACCCCGUUCUACGAUGAGGAGCGCGAGGACAGCAAGAAUAACUUUGCGGGCAAGGUCCGCGCAGUCAAGGACGGCGCAGCCAAGGAGUUCGUGGUCGGCGUCAAGGUGAAGAAGAGCUCUGAGGUCGUCAACAAGACUGUGUCUGCGGCUGGCCUCCGCGGUAUCCCCGGCCUGUUUGUGCUGUCCGUGGACCGCGCUGACGGCAGCAGUGUGGAAGCCUCCGACUACCUGUACAAGAUCCAGCCCGAUGACACCAUCUGGAUUGCUACUGAUAUCGGCGCCGUGGGCUUCCUGGCUAAGUUCCCUGGCCUGGAGCUGGUGCAGCAGGAGCAGGUGGACAAGACCGGCACCUCCAUCCUCUACCGCCACCUGGUGCAGGCAGCCGUGAGCCACAAGGGCCCGAUCGUGGGCAAGACUGUGCGCGACGUCCGCUUCCGCACCCUGUACAACGCCGCAGUGGUGGCCGUGCAUCGCGAGGGCGCUCGUGUGCCCCUCAAGGUCCAGGACAUUGUGCUGCAGGGCGGCGACGUGCUCCUGAUCAGCUGCCACACCAAUUGGGCCGACGAGCACCGCCACGACAAGUCCUUCGUGCUGCUGCAGCCCGUGCCCGACUCUUCUCCGCCCAAGCGCAGCCGCAUGGUCAUCGGUGUGCUGCUGGCCACCGGCAUGGUGCUGACCCAGAUCGUCGGCGGCCUGAAGAGCAGGGAGUACAUCCACCUGUGGCCCGCCGCCGUGCUCACCUCCGCGCUCAUGCUGCUGACCGGCUGCAUGAACGCGGAUCAGGCGCGCAAGGCCAUCUACUGGGAUGUCUACCUGACCAUUGCCGCGGCCUUUGGCGUGUCGGCCGCGCUGGAGGGCACGGGUGUGGCUGCGUCCUUCGCCAACGGUAUCAUCUCCAUCGGCAAGAACCUGCACAGCGACGGCGCGGCUCUCAUUGCCAUUUACAUUGCCACUGCGAUGUUGUCCGAGCUGCUGACCAACAAUGCCGCCGGCGCCAUCAUGUACCCCAUCGCCGCCAUUGCGGGUGACGCGCUCAAGAUCUCACCCAAGGAGACCUCUGUGGCCAUCAUGCUGGGCGCCUCGGCCGGCUUCAUCAACCCCUUCUCCUACCAGUGCAACCUGAUGGUGUACGCUGCUGGCAACUAUAGCGUGCGCGAGUUCGCCAUCAUUGGCGCCCCGUUCCAAAUAUGGCUCAUGAUUGUCGCGGGCUUCAUCCUGUGCUACAUGAAGGAAUGGCACCAGGUCUGGAUCGUGUCCUGGAUCUGCACCGCCGGCAUCGUCCUCCUGCCGGCCCUGUAUUUCCUGCUGCCGACCAAGGUUCAGCUCCGCAUCGAUGCAUUCUUCGAUCGGGUGGCGCAGACCCUGAACCCCAAGCUCAUUAUUGAGCGCCGCAACUCGAUCCGCCGCCAGGCCUCGCGCACCGGCUCUGACGGCACCGGCAGCUCAGAUAGCCCCAGGGCACUUGGCGUGCCAAAGGUCAUCACAGCGUAAUGACCUCGCCAAAUCCUAUUCACAAUAACGUGUACGGGGCGUGGGGUAUGGUGAUGAUGAUGACGUGUUGAACAUGUCUGUUUCGAUGUGUGUGUCAAAGUUGUUGUGCUUGGGUGUGACGUAGGCAGGCUUGGUGAUGUGCAGGAGGAUGUUUCGUAAACCCUUGAUCAUUGGUUGGAAGGACCUGGCAUGGAAGGUGCCGGGGCAUUCCGAGAUGAAUCGCGAGGCGUGUGCAGAGUGGAGCCUGUCGGUCAUAGAGUGUCGGGCAGGCCAUAAAACCGGGCUGCACUGGUUUGGCGCUCUCGAUGCAUGGAUAAAAGAUGGCAAGGGCUUCAAAAUGUGUAGAGCUUAGGGCAGUUUGGUCGCUUUUGUGCACUACUAUGGCCUCUCCGGCCUGGCACGCGCAUUUACUACUGUCGAUCGGGCCGCCACUUGUGUACUGAAAGCACACUGCAUAGUUACUGUUUGUAUUAAUUUCGGACGGUCCCAACUUGAGACAAAGAAGUUGCGCGGACCGAGUGCCGCUUUUUCUUCAAAAGACAAAUGGCCGCGAUAGGAUGGCCCGGCAUCGUCGCGAUCAUCAGUGUCGCGAUAUCGUUCAUCAUCAUGGCCGCGGACUGGGUUAGUGCGCGGGCUCGGGGGGUGGGGGUCAGGUGUGGACGGUGUGUUAACGGAUUGCAAAUGGCUUUUGCAAAAUGUUUAACGAUGCUGUGUUGCUGGCACUUGGCAGACUUUGUCGCAAACUCGCUUGCUGCAAGCGGAAGAGCGCUGAAAGCUGAGAGUACCCGCGAACGGUCUCUCCCCACGCGAUGAGCUCACGCUGUAAUUAAAGC